CAUCUCUGUACCCCACACAUUCAAUUCAUUAUCUGUAAGGUCCUUCAGUAGAGCAGUGAAUUUUACACACAGAUUCAACCACAAAGAACAGAGAGGUUUUCCAAUGUCUCGCUAAGAAGGGCACCUAUUGGAAGAUUGGAUUUUUUUAUUCCUAAAAGCAGACAUUGAAUAUCCCUUUGAGCAUGAUGAAGUUAUUUAUUACACUUUGGAUGGUGUAUCAAUACACCCAGUCACUACAAAGAUGAAGGCGUCUUUCCUAACUCACAGAGUACCACUAUUCAUAUUUUCAAGCAUGGUGGUGGCUGCAUCAUGUUAUGGGUAUGCUUGUCAUCGGCAAGGACAAGGGAGUUUUUUGGCGAUUAAAAUAUAUGUAAUAAAGCUUAGCACAGGGAAAAUCCUAUAGGAAAACCAGGUUCAGUCUGAGUUGCUUACCAAGACAACAUUGAAUGUUCCUGAGUGGCUUAGUUACAGUUUUGACUUAAAUCGUCUUGAAAAUCUAUGGCAAGACUUGAAAAUGACUGUCUAGCAAAGAUAAACAACCAACUAAACAGAUUGUAGUUGAAGAAUGAAAAAAUAAUAAUAUGCUAAUAUGCAAAGCUCUUAGAGACCCAGAAAGACUCACAGCUGUAAUGGUUGCCUAAAGAGACUCUAACAUGUAUUGACUCAGGGGGUUGAAUACUUAUGGCAUCAAGAUAUGACGUUUUAAUUUUUCAUACAUUUUUUACUAAAUUUAGAUUAUUUAUUUUUUACUUUGACAUUAGAGUAUUUUGUGUAGAUCAUUGACAAAAAAUGACAAUGAAAUCCAUUUUAAUCCCACCUUGUAACACAACAAAAUGUGUCAAAAGUCAAGGGGUGUGAAUACUUUCUGAAGGCACUGUAGAUCUAUGAUUGCCUUUGGCAGCUAAUUGUAUUCAUAAAAUGUGUAUUGUGUACAUUAAAAUGUGAGUAAGUGAUUUGAUUGGUUCCUCUCUGCAUUCCCUCUCUGAGCUUGGAGCCCACCUCUCUUUCAUCAAAUUGACAUGACCUAUCACUGUUGACAUCCAUAACGUGUUGCGCUGUGGGCUACGAGGUCUCCCCCACCCGUCCAAUAUAAAUACAGGGACAGCACUUGCCAAGGCACACAACUUCUGCCCUUUUCCACUUGAAACAGAUCUCUACCGGCGUUACAGGGAUCUAAUAUCCUCCGUCGCAAUGAAAGUAAGUUGCCUAUUAGGGAGGUAUAUUUUGAUCUUUGCGUUCUCACGAAUGGAGAUGCGCAUGGCGCGCACAGAUUAUUACGUUCUUGUCAUUUAUUUUGAACGCAUAUUUGUUUUACAUUGUCCGCUUGUUCAUACAGCAUAACUCUACUUUUACAUGUUUCAGGGUGUGAGGACUAUUACAGCUUAUGCACUUGCUCUUUUACUUCUGGCAACGCUCGUCUCCCAUUCGUGGAGUGCACCGAAGGGCAGUUUCCAGAGGAGAAAUUGGUCGCCUCAGGCAAUGCUGUACCUCAAGGGCACCCAGGGACGGCGGUUUAUCAGCGAGGACAGAAAAGAAGGAGACGUAUAUGACACAUUACAUUUAGAGACUCGCAGCCAAAACACAGAGAAACUCAGUGUGAACCAGGCAGCCACAGUCCUGCUCAACUUCCUGCAACAAGCCAAGGAGGACAGAGAAGAAAAUCUUGAACAACUGUACUUUCAAGACUUGCCGGCAUGGAAAAGAGAGUACUUCUGAUGUGUUUUAUAAUGUAUUUAUUAUUGUUGAUAACAUUCUAAUCUAUUGCAUCUGUUGAUCUAUUGUUGGAUGUAGAAUAUUUAAUGCGAUGUGAGAAAAACACUGGACUCUAAGUACGGCUACACUGAAAAUGUUUCAAUGUAUUAUUUAAUAAAAUGUGGAAUAAAAUGAUUUAGAAUUCAUAGCAA